UAUGGACGGUCGGAGGGGAGGAGAGGAGGAAUGAGGCAGCUCCUCUCUGAAUGAGUGAGGCCAGUGUGGUGUAGUUUGGGGACAACCGGUGGUCGUUUAUCCUCCGGUGUGUGUGCGUGCGCGCGCGCACGUGUGUAUAAGGGAUGGCGGUGGUGAAAACCGGUUUUUGAUGCGCGAGAAAGUGACGUGCCACCCUCCCACAUUCCCGCCCUUUGCCACGAGCCUCCUGUCAACUCACCCCAAGUACUUGGUGAUCUGUGCACCUUUUUUACGCGCGGCUGUGCGCGUCUCGCCGCGUGCCUGUUUGUCCAGUCGGACUCUGCAAGUCUCGCGGGAUAUAAAGGAAAUAAAAGGGUGAUUCCAAAAUAUCGAAAAAAAACAAACAAACAAAGAAACACAGAGAUUAAGACAAACAGGAGCCGCCUAUAUGAAGAUGCUGAUGUGUGACCGCGGCGUCCAGAUGCUCGUGACGACGGUGGGCGCGUUCGCCGCCUUCAGCCUCAUGACCAUCGCCGUCGGAACCGACUACUGGCUGUACUCGCGCGGGGUCUGCCGCGUGAAGAGCAGCGGCGACAACGACACGAGCCGCAAGAACGAGGAGGUGAUGACGCACUCCGGCCUCUGGCGAACCUGCUGUCUGGAAGGAACGUUCAGAGGUGUGUGUAAGAAGAUCGACCACUUCCCAGAGGACGCUGACUACGAAGCAGAUGCUGCCGAAUACCUCCUCCGUGCUGUGCGUGCCUCCAGCAUCUUUCCCAUCAUGAGUGUGGGCCUGCUGUUCCUCGGGGGGCUCUGUGUGGCGGCCAGUGAGUUUUACAGGAGCCGACACAACGUCAUCCUCAGCGCAGGAAUCUUCUUCGUCUCUGCAGGCCUCAGUAACAUCAUUGGGAUUAUUGUCUAUAUCUCGGCCAACUCCGGCGACCCGGGUCAGAGCGACAGCAAGAAGUCCUACUCCUACGGCUGGUCCUUCUAUUUCGGCGCGCUUUCGUUCAUCAUGGCAGAGAUGGUGGGCGUGCUGGCCGUGCACAUGUUUAUUGAGAAGCACCGCAAGCUACGGGCUAAGUCCCGCACUGAGCUCAUCAAGAAAUCCGCCUUCAGCCGCAUCCCUUCCUACCGCUACCGCUUCCGGCGCCGCUCCAGCGUGCGUUCCUCCGAAGCCCCCAGCCGUGACGCCUCGCCGCUCGGGAAGGGCGGCUACACGGGGCCGGCCGCCUCCGAGAUGCCCAUGUACACGCUGAACCCCCGGGAGGCCGGCAACGCGGGAUCCAAAUCCGGCGGCAUGGGCGGGCUGCUCAACUCGGAGAGGGAGUUCCUCCAGAGCAGCACGCUCACUAAAGACUACAGCAAGGACCCCAACCGCAGGACCACGCCCGUCUGAGAGGUGCUGGCCGCAGAUAUCGCCCGGUUAGAGAAUCAAAGAGGAGGAUGAGACGCGCAGGGGGGCGUACCAGUAGAAGCAGGGGACACACAGGGUUAAGGGGUGGGACGGGGGUUUGAUAAACUUUGACUGUGAACUGUGAACUUUUAGCCUUUGAACUGUGAAUCCUGAGCCCUGUGAGCGUUUCAGUGUGUGUAGCAGGGUCAAUGUCGAUGGAGAAGUUGUUCCCAACUCCACCUCACCACAUAUCACUGUAGUUAUUAUACCCGGAGCUCCUUAUAAAAGAAGGCACAUUCGAUUUAUGCUCGUAAGUUUUAUGUUCAUAAAUUGACAUUUUGGCAUUUUGUAAAGAGGAAAACCGUUUUAAAAAAAAAAAUACUGUGAGUGGUCUUCAGUUUGGGACAACUUCUUCAGAAAAUUUAAAUAAUGUGAAUUGCAGGAGGAGGAGAAGAAAGAGGUGACAGACAACGUUUGAUCUUUGAUCUCUCUUCUCCAGAG